AGUGGAAACCCUGUCAGCCUCUUUUUUGUUUUUCAAGAACAGCAUUAAACGGUCUAAUAAAGAACAGUACGCUCCGCACACCUACACCUUUGUGGGCGGUGGAACCCGUUCACACAUACGCAUUCACACUGAAGCACGCAACCUGUGCCAUGUACAAUGUAUUCCCUUCGCUCAUUCCCCGCGCGGCCAUGGUGCGUGCCCGCGCUCUAGAGCUGGGCCGUGUCAACGACUACUACACGAGCGCCUCUGCCCCGAGCAGCUCCACGCUCGUCGCAGCCGCGCCGUCCGCCACGAACGUGUACGUGCUCGCGUAUGGGGAGCGCGAGGGACUCGCACCGGGCGAGCGGCUGGAGGUGAGCGGCAAAAACGUGAGACUCGUGCGCACGCUGGCUUACGGCUGCCCGCGCGGCGUUACCGUGCAAAGCGCGUUUACCGGCCGACUCUCCGACGAAGACUUGAACGGGAUUACGGAGCAGUUGGAUGCGCUGCACCCGUGCGGGAUGGACAUGCGCAAGCUGGCCGCGCUGCAGCUGAAGGAGACGGCCACCUCGUCUCCGUCGUGCUCUCCCGUCGCUUCAACCACUACACGGAACUCACAACGAGGAGACGCGGCGCAGCUCCCGCGGCACUCGCCGAACUGGACGCUGCGGCUUCCCGAGAUUAAAGGCAGCCGUGUGCUGCGCAACGCCUUACCAGACGAUGUCUCCACGCUGAGCGGGGCGCAUCUCACGGCGCAGCUGGAGCGCAUGCGGCGGAGCCAGGAAGAGGUGGUCGUGGCGGAGUGGGUCAGCCGCUCCGGCGAGGAUAAGCCAGCGACAAGCACGGUGCGGUGCGGCGUUCCAGAACACACAAGCGGUAGCGAAGGACCGUCCCGGCGGAAGCCAUCCACGCACAAUGCGAACACCGCCAGCAACGGCGGUGCGGACGAGGACGUCAGCGCGAGCGACGCUUUGUUGGUGGAAAACGGCGUGUGUUUCCGCAGCGCAGACAGCUGCGGUCUCCGUGCCCUCCGCACGGCCCGUCUCGCGUUCAUCGCCAGCAUCGAGCGCACGGCGAAUGGGUUGGCGCGCCGUCAGCGCCGUUUACCCGGUGAGGAGCUCCGCGCCCUCGAGGUGCUGGACGUGAGUGCGAUCGACUUCACCUUCGCCCACGCCGCCCUGCAAUCCACGUUGGAGUUGGGCCUGCACACCGGCGAGGGCUGUCGCAUCACGCACGUGCCGCUGACCGACGCCGCUGCGCAGCGGGUGGAGUCGCCGGCGGCCAGCUACAUCCGAAUUGUCGCCGCGGAGUCGGGCACGGCGUUUCCACGGCCGUUCGAUUUUGUGCCGACGCACUCGUUUGGCGUGGGUGCCUACACCGCAUAUUUGCCGCUGCCGCUGGGGCCGUACACCACGGAGGAGGCGGCCGGGAGCUGUGCGAGCUUCGACGCCGAGGAGGGCACCGGCGGUGGCGGUGCGUCCUCCCCCUCUCAGCCGACGCGCCGUCGCAAGAGCAUGCACUUGCAGCAUCCGAUCCAUCGCCGCUCCGGCGUCGAGGCGGAGGUUGGCGGGACGCGGCUCGACCGGCAGCAGCUCGCGGUGCAGCUCUCACAGGCGAUGGCCACGCUGCGCCGGGGGGCGUGCAUGCUCGUCACCUUCGUCCCGACGCCCGCCACGGCGGCGGCGCUGUACCGGGAAACGGAGGCGCAGCACCACGCAGAGGUGCUGAUGGAGCACCGCAUGGUGGCCAACUCGAAGGCGUGCAUCGCCGAGGCGAUUUCGCGGACGGGGCGGUGGGGGUACAUCACGGACGAGGUGCUGCCGGCUGUGGACAGUCCGCAGGGCAGCUCCUUCUCCCUCAUGGUGGUGCUGGAGUGA